GAGAAGGAACACACAGAGAGAAGGAACACAGAGAGAAAAAGAUCACAGAGAGAAAACAGAGAGAGAAGGAACAGAGAUAGAAGAAACAGAAAAAGGAACACAGAGAGAGAAGGAACACAGAGAGAAAAGGAACAGAGAGAGAAAAGGAAC